AUGAUGUCCCGGAAGAGGCUACCGAUGAUGUCCCAGCAUAUCCCGGCUGGGGUUGCGUACAACAUCCUCACUCAGCUACCAGUGAAAUCUAUAAUCCGAUUCAGGUGUGUUUCCAAAUCUUGGAACUCCAUAUUCACCGACCCUAUUUUCAUUACUACAAACUUUAAAUUCAACCAAGCCAAAUCUUUAUCGAAUAACAGUCGCAAUGGUUAUCUCCUAUACAAGGAAAAUCUUUCAUAUGGUGUCAAAGAAUCGCAUAUAGUUGUUUGCAAUAACGAUCGCAGUUUGAGCCGGGUAUGUAGUUUUGAAAUCCCCUCUAUUCAUGACCAUAUAGUUGGCUUCUGUAAAGGCUUGUUUUGCUUCACUGGUAGCAUGGACGACUCUUAUCAGAGAAUAUAUGUGUGGAAUCCAAGUGUUAGAAAAAUUACUAUAGCUGCUACUGCCAAUAACGUAGGUUUUGCUGGUGUCACUCUUGGAUUUGCGUAUCAUCUUCAAAACAAUGACUUCAAGAUUCUCAGACUUGUGUGUUUUCAACGCGAAUUGUUGUAUGGCUCCGAUGGAGCCGAGGCUGAAGUUUACACAUUGAGUACAGGUUCGUGGAGAAGGUUUGUAGUAUCGGUGGAUUAUUGGCCAUUUAUUCGGGAUAUAUCUGAAUCACCCUCUUUAUUUUUUAAUGGAGCUCUGCACUUUUUGGCCCAGAGUGGCCUUUUUCGCUUCAUAAUGUCCUUUGAUGUGGAUGAGGAGAGAUUUCAUAAGAUAAUGUUGCCUCAAAACUGUUUUGAAGGGUUUUUUCAACAUUCUAAAUGUCUUGUUGUGUUCAAGGGAUCGUUGGCUUUGAUUGUUUUCGAUUGCAACAUAUGCCACAUGUGGGUGAUGAGGGAGUACGGCGUGGUUGAGUCUUGGACUAAAAUAAGUGUGCCAAUCAAAGGAGUUAAGAGGUUUUAUGGUUGCACCGUUAAAGGUGAACUUCUGAUGGAAAAGAGUCAUUCACAGAUCUUUUCAUUUGACCUUGAGAGUUUAAAUGAAAAAGUUCUUGACAUUCCAACUACAGCUAAAGAUGUGAUUUAUACCGAUAAUUUUAUGGAGAGCUUAAAUUUAUUUGAUGUGAUAGACUCCGAGGAUUAUUAA